UGUACAUUGUAUGCAGGAGAUUACAAACGCAUGUAGUUGGAGUAUAAAAGGAAGAAAAGAUCUAAGAGAAAGCUAUGGAGAAGUAAUGGGUUUUAGAAGGGACUUGAAAGUGUUCAGUGAUUCGGCACAUUUGACAUCAGCUGGCAGUGAAUUCCAAAGCAAUGCUGCAGUGUGUUGACCAUAGGAGACAAGUCUGACUUUAGGACUGUAAGUCGUGGCAUCACGUGGUACAGAGGCUGCUACAAUGACAUGAGCAAUCAGAUUGGACAAGAUGGUGUCAACGUGCUGUCUGAAGAUUCACCUCUUGUUGGAUGUGCAAAACUCUGUGCGAAACAAAGAUACCUCUUUGCUGGACUACAAAGGGGAGAUAACUGCGCUUGCCUUAACAACACCAGCAACCUGUCUGCAGUCAACAAGUCUCUCUGCUCCCAACGAUGUUCGGGUGUUGUGGACAAGCUUCUACUGUGGUGUGGUGGCCAGGCACAGGAAUGGAGUCUGUACGACUCGACUGGCCCCUACCUGAUCACCCUCGAUGCCCAGAUAGAGGCACAAACAAUUGUGGUCAAUUCUGCCGUGUCACUCGAUGCCUUACUGGAAAAUGCCCGAUAUGUCAACUUUACUCAAGAAUCUGACGAAGAAUGGCUUAAAAGCUACAUGCUUGUUUGGAGAGUGGAUGGCGAACAGUUUAGCGCCAAUGUCACAGGAUAUGGACGCAAGGUUUCCUAUCGAAAAGUGUUCACCUUUACAAGAGCUGGCACCAUCCAUGUUGAGGUCACAGCCAGUAAUUCUAUCUCAUCCUUGACGCGGUCUUUUGUGGUGACAGUUGUGCUUCCUAAACCCCAAGACCUUCAGAUUGUUCCUUUGAACGACUCGGACUAUCUCCCGUCCUGCAUCCCGGAGGCCUACAGCAACCUCAACGCCAUCGCAGCCUUCGUCAACAUCACCAUCACCUUCGAGGUGUCGGUUGCAGUUGGCACCAACCUCACUUUCAUUCUCCAUCAUGGUAAGAGUGAUGGUGGCAAGUUCCUGGAAUACAGGUCUGCUGCUGAUUGCGAAGACUUGCAGUGCCAAGGAAUUAUCAAGGACUAUGAGUUCACCAAGACCGGGGUGUAUGUUAUCGCCGCGACUGUCCAGAAUGAGUAUGGAUCUCUACACAAGAACAUCACCGUGGUUGUCAUGGAACAGAGACUUGGUGAUGUCACUUUUGACCUUCAUGAAGACUCAGACCAUGGUGUCCUCAAAACUUAUGAACCUGUCACGUUUCUGGUUACCCUGGAAACCACAGAGCGCCAACAUACCUUCCUCCGAGUCAACUUUGGGAUUGGUGAAGAAAAGAAGAUGUCCUUGAGAGAACAUAAGAACAGGACAUUAGAGAACGGCCAGAAUGUUCUUGAAGGUAGCCCUACACUUGAUGGUUUUGGCCUUGCUGCCAGCUACGGUGAGGGCUGCAACCUCAGCAUCAUCUUCCAGUACACCUACGUCCUGGAGGGCACCUACAUGCCCCAGAUCCACGUCUCCAGCAGCGUGGGCUACCUCAAGAUGGCUCUGAGGCAGGAGCUCGUCAUCCAGAACCAGCUGUCAGGACCCAGAUUGCAGUUUGAAGAAUACAUAAUGGUCAACAGGACUGCACUGUUCCUACUUCACUUCACAAAAUCUUCUGUGAACCUGAGCGUGGUGUGGACAAUAUUUGACAGAGAGAAGUCAGUGGUUGAUAACUUCACCACCUCCCAUGCCCAACUGUUCUACAAUUUCACAGAGCCAGGGCAGUAUGAGUUGGCAGUCACAGCCUCCAACAGGAUCAAUUCUGUGUCAACAGUUAAAGAAAUACUUGCUCAGACCGCAAUCUCAGGUCUCUCAAUAACAUGUCACCCAUACAUUUAUGUCCGCCUUGGACAGGAAAUCACCUGUACCGCCAGCAUCGAUUCAGGGAGUGGUGUCACAUUUGAAUGGAACUUAAAAGACAUGACAGCCGGCAAGAAAACUUAUGGAAACCUGACAUCAACUGUGUUCCAUUCAUUUCACCAAGAUGGGGUAUAUUAUAUCAGUGUCAUGGCUUCAAACUAUAUCAGCAGGAUGAUUGCCCAUUUAGAACAACCAAUAUAUGUGGAACAAGAAAUCAAGUCAGUUGACAUUUUCUCACAAGAUCAGCUAGUCAACCAAAAGGGGCUGUUUUUCAUUCGUCCAACGUGCAAAUGUCAAGUUAAUGUUCAGUUUGAUUUUGGAGAAGGACGACAAAACUAUGACCUGGACUCAACUUCGGGUGCAAACAUCUACAGAGCUUAUAACUUCACCUCACCAGGUGUCUAUAAUGUCACAGUCUACGUUUUCAACAAUAUUUCCAAUGCUUCCAACAGCUUGCAAGUAAGAGUGUAUAAGCCAGUCCAGAGGUUCAAAAUCCAACGUCAAGGUCAUGCCAUUAAAGAGUUGCCAACAGUGUUUGUUGCCAAGAGUGAAGGGCAGAUAUUGAAGAGGAAAGAAUUCAUCUACAGAUGGACGUUUCCUGGCCAAGUGACAAGAGAAACAUUGAUUCCGAUGGCCCAGUUUGUCUUUAAGGAUGUUGGAACUUACUACGUGAAUCUUACAGUGACAAUCCGAAAUAUGGUUGAUUCUGUUUCCGAGCAACUAGAGGUCAGAGUUCAUGAAAGGGCACCUGCAGGGAUUUGGGUACUACACUGUGGCAUUGUGCAGACAUAUGAAGUGGUGAAUUUCUCUCUUCAUCAGCACGACAGGCUCGGCAGACUGGUUGUGAAUUAUUCUGAUGGGGAUGUAGAGGAGUAUUUCAGAAAGUCGAGCUGGGAGCACGCUUUCUCUGAACCAGGUGUUUACAAGGUGUCCGUGACCAUAUAUGGAAAUGGCACCGAGACCAAAUUACAGUCGUACAUUACAGCACAGAAGCCAAUCAGAGCAGUGCGAAUUGAAGGACCCUCGGCAAUCAAAAUCGAAAAUGAUGACAGGUUGUACACCUGGAGAGCCGUCCCAGAUGGCGGAUCCCACACCCUCUACACCUGGUCCAUCAACAACAUCGCCGCCAACAGAACCACCAAAUCUACCUAUACUCUCAACACCUUCACGAGAGCUGGAAUCAAGCGACUCAAGGUCCAGGCUGAGAAUGAUGUCAGCAUGGUGCAAGCCUCCUUGAACCUGACCGUCCAGUACCCUAUACUGUCAAUACAACUUGAUAUCCCUGCAACCCCACUUGGCACCCUCACCAACAUCUCCAUCAUCGUCAAUGGCGGCAUGAACUUCUCUGUCACAUGCCACUUUGGGGAUGGGACAGUAACAACGUCAUCUUCACAGUCGCACAAGGGCGGUGUGGCAACGGUGCAGAAGGCCCAUGAAGAGAAAGGCAUUCCUCCUGUAUAUCACAUGGUGAUGUCCCACAUAUACUCCGACACAGGGGUCUAUGACGUCAAUGUCACCGUCGCCAAUCUGUUCUCAGCUGUGGGUCAAGUGUCCAAGGCUCUUGUUGAUGAGCCAAUAUCAGGAAUCAACAUGCUGACCAACUCGGACACCCUGGUUCCAGUAGGGGAGGUGGUGACCGUUUCCGUCACAGUGGCCAGUGGCCGGGACCUGACCUUCAAGUGGGAACUGACCGAUGUCAACUCCAAUCCCAUCGAAUACUACAUCACAUCGGAAGUCUACAGUGAAGCCAACACCAGUAACGUCACCUACAUCUUCAUCGUGCCCAACAAGUACCGUGUGAGCGUCAUUAUCACCAGCGCCCUCUACACCGAACCAGUUGAAGCAACUUUACCCAAAAUAUUCCAUGCAGUACAGAAGAUCACCAGUGUCAAUCUACGUGCAGAUAUGGCCGCAGCGGCUGUUGAUCAGAAGAUAGAAAUCACAGCGACUAUUGAAGAGGGAUCUGACGUGGUCUGUCUGUUUGACUUUGGAGAUGGCCGUACUGCGCAGAAGAACGGCACCAUGAACAUCCUCAACUACAUCACCUGCGUUGCUUCACACACAUUCACAGCAGUUGGCGUGUAUCAUGUGUCUGUGAUGGCAAUCAACCCACUGGGCAAUGCCACAGCUGUCCUGAAGCCAUUCUAUGUACAAGUACCUCCGACACUGCACAGGGCUAUGCUGCUGGACAAGAAGAAGUACUGCUUCAAGUUUGGGGAGAACAUCACCCUGGUGGCCCGCGUCCCCGCAGGCACCAACAUCACCUACAACUGGCAGCUGGACGAUGAAACAGAGCUCAUAGAUACAGGUGAAUGGAUUACCCACAACUACCGGACUAUUGGCAGGAAGUCUGUCAAGGUCACAGCCUAUAACAGAGUUGACAAGAUUGAAGGAUUUGCUUAUGUGAACAUUGUCAAUGAAAUACAAGGGGUGAACUUAACAGCAUCACGCGAUGUGGUCGGCACGAUGGAGAGAUUGGAAUAUGUCGCCAUCCCGGAGCCCAAUAUCAAAGGAACUGUUGAGUUCUACAAAUGGACUUUUGAUGAAUAUGUGCAGUCGUCAGAAAACUACAUCUCAUUUGCUUUCACUAGUCCUGGGAAACAUGUAGUGACAGUAGCAGCCAACAACUGCAUCAGCAGAGCGGUGUCCAAACCGCUGGAGAUCAUGGUCAUGUCCAAACUGAAGAGCCUUGACAUUCGUGUGGAAGGGGAGAGUCUGGUACACCAGCCAAUCAGAUUCACUGCCACCUUCUGGAGUGGCGACAAUCUCAACUUCACCUGGGACUUUGGUGACGGCUCACCUGUUGUACAAGGAACCAAUGAAACAACUGUACACAGCUUCAGUCGCACGGGCGAGUUUAUAGUCAAUCUGACAGCAGUCAAUGAUAUCAGUGGAGAUUCCGUGACUGUUCAGCUGUUUAUCCUUGAAUGGAUUUGUAAACCUCCAGAAAUCACCAUCCCAGGCACCACAGCCAAUAAGUUCACAUUUUUCCAUUCGCAUCGGGUUCAUAUUGAAACUGCAGUGAAGAUCAACUGUUCGCCUCGCGAGGAAGUCACUUACAAGUGGUCCUUCACGGAUGGGGACGGCAUGACGGUGCAGCCAAUGAGGACAGAUGGGGACAUGUUGGACAAGCAGACUCUGAUCCUACAACCCCUGUCUCUGGCCCCAGGGAUGUACACAGCCACUGUCAAGGUUGGGAUGUACGGGACCAUUGUGUACUCCAUGGAGUCGGUGGAGGUUACCAUCCUGCCGACCCCCCUCAAGAGUGUCAUAGAAGGGGGGAUGCAGCGCACCAUUGGCCAGCAGGAGACUCUGUACUUGGACGGUUCCAACUCCCGUGACCCUGACAACCCCCACAAUGCAUCACUCAGGUACAACUGGACAUGCCAGUCACUGCCUCGGUAUGACCUGUGUUACAACAUCACAGCCAUCAACCUCUACAACACCAACAACACCGACAUUGUGUACAACAGUGUUUCGUCUCAGUUGGUGCUCACUUCGGCCAAGGUGGCCAUACCAGCUGGCUUCCUGCUGCUAGAUGACAGCUACUUUUUGUUCACGCUGGUGGUUUCCACUCCCGAUGGCCGCGAUGCUACAAGUGAUCAAGUUAUAAAAGUCAAAGAGGAUAACCAAACAAUAAGCUUGAAGAUAAGUUGCCUGCAAUGCCGAGGAGGCCUUGUGAACCCGGACGACAAGAUCUCCCUGCGGACCGAAUGCAUCAACUGCCCGACCAUCUCACAUACACAUGGAAGAUAUCCUCGAUCGAGAACAGUUUCUCAGAGCCAGAGCAAGAAUACCGAAGUGAAUGCAGACCUGAGGAAGCAAGUGGACAACAGUCCUUGGUGUUGUACGUAGCAUCAUGGAUACAGAAAAAUGCCUUCACAACCACAACCACUGUGCCGCCAGAGGCCCAAACCUCAUCAUCCCUCCCAUCCUCUACAACACGGAAAAUUACGGAAUCAGUGCCGCGAAAUAGAGGACUCCCCCCUGGUUGUGGCCAGAUGUUUGAUAAAGACCUGUCUGAGAAUAAAG